GUUUGAAGGACGAAGGGAAAGCCAGAGAGAGAGAGCGGAGACAGCAGGGAGCGUGUGAUUUGGAGGGGAGCUGGGCAGGAGCAGAGGCAGGACGAUGGGGAACACGGACUCGGGGAUGCUGGAAGAAACUGACCCCUCUCUCCUAGAGGAGCCCGAGGUCACUCCCGCGGCGACCGGCCCCGGGAGCCGGGAGAACCUGGUGCGGUUCCAGGGUCAGGACUACGAGCAGAUCCGGAGCCAGUUGCUGCGGGACCAGAAGCUUUUCGAAGAUCCGAAAUUUCCUGCAGCAGCGGAGUCUCUCGGAGCAGUGAAGGAAACGGGGAUCGAGUGGAUCCGAGCUAAUGAACUGUUUUCAAAGCCCCGUUUUUUUGUGGAUUCGAUUAGCCGCACAGAUAUUCGUCAAGGCGUACUCGGUGACUGCUGGUUCCUUGCAGCUAUGUCCUCACUGACACUCGAUGACAAGUACUUCACUUACGUGGUUCCCAGUGAGCAGAGUUUUCAGCAGCUGUAUGCUGGGAUCUUCCGCUUCCGGUUCUGGCAAUACGGAAAGUGGAUAGAGGUCGUAGUGGAUGAUCGACUCCCAGUAAAGAACAGGAGACUAAUCUUCACCACAUCAUCCUCACAGAAUGAACUCUGGAGUGCCCUCCUAGAGAAGGCCUAUGCCAAGCUAUAUGGUUCCUAUUCCAGUUUAAUCAGUGGCAACGUGUCGGAGGCAAUGGAAGACUUUACUGGAGGAAUUGCCGUGUCUCUCAAGCUGAGCUCCAUCUCCCCAGAUGAACUGUGGGUGUUGCUGAAGCGCGCUCUCACCAAACAGUCACUAGCAUCCUGCAGUAUUGAGGUCACCAACCAGAAGGAACUGGAGCAGGACAAUGGCCUGGGUCUAAUGAAGUCACACGCGUACGCAAUCACAGGCGCAGACACGGUAAAGUACGAUGGCUCCUCAAUAAAACUCCUCCGAGUACGGAAUCCAUGGGGUCACAAGGAGUACACUGGUCCGUGGAGUGACAGAUCUCCAUUGUGGAAUGCAGUUAGUGAGAAAGAGAAGACCAAACUGAAGUUGAUGAUCAAGGAUGAUGGGGAAUUCUGGAUGCCAGCCAAAAUUCUUGUUGAGAACUUCACCCGGAUUGAGCUGUGUAAUCUGCAACCUCUCUGCUCACAUAGCACCGUCUGCAUCUGGACCAUUAAAUCUCACGAGGGGAAGUGGAUGUCAGGAAUCAGUGCUGGCGGAUGUAUUAACGAAGACACAUUUUCAACAAACCCUCAGUUCAGACUGAGGCUACUUGAGACGGAUGAUGAUCCGGAUGAUGAUGAGCUCACCUGCACAAUUGCUGUGGAACUCCUGCAGAAAUAUCGCCGCAAGAAAGAUAAGCUUGAUUUCUACCACAUCGGCUUCUAUAUCUAUGCAGUCCCUCAACAGUUUCAGAAUCAACACUCCCGUUUCAGCAGAAAGUUCUUCGGUAAAUACCAACCAGUGUUUCGCUCGGGCAAUUUCAUCAAUACCCGUUCAGUGGCAAGGCGGCUGCAGCUCCCUCCUGGCGAGUACGUCAUCCUGCCCACCACCUUCUGUAAGAAUGAGGAAGGGGAGUUCUUUCUGCGGAUCUUUGCAAAGAAGAAGAAUGUCUCCAGGGAGAACAGCACCACCACUUAUGCCUUCAACCCACAGGUCAACUGGACAGAGGUUGAUGUUGACAGCAAGAGCACAUUAAAUGUGCUGAGAGAUGCUGUAAGUGAGACGGACACUCUAAGUGCCUCAGAAUUCAUGGAGUUCUUCAAUUCAGCCAGUUCUGAUGCACAUCACCUAACUCUGGAGACCUGCUGCAGUUUGGUGUUUGCAGUUAAUUCCACUGGUCAACACAGCUGCCUCACCCAUCAGGAGAUCAAACUCAUGGUGAUGCACGUGGAAAAAAUGCAGGGUAUAUUUGACCAGUUUGCGGACAGUGAGACUGGCCUGAUGAACUCCCACGACCUACGCCCUGCACUGUCUAACGCAGGGUUUGAGUUGGAUUCGAAGGUUCAUCACGCACUUUGGAUGCGUCACAGAACCAGCACCAACACAAUCUGCUUCAGUCAUUUUGUCAGCUGCGUGGCCAAGCUACAGAAGCUCUUUGCUAUUUAUGGGAGGUUGAAGAACCCACAGCCAAAAGCAAUUGAUCAGUGGAUCUUGCUCUUUAUUGGGAUCUAAUGUUUGCUGAGAUUUUUUGGGCUCGGACUGGCUUCAGCAAGCAUGGCGAACCAUCAGACGCAGAUAUCUAAGAUCUCCUGAGCAUUUACACUGGAGUGCCGACUUUGUUUUAACUCUGCUUUCAACUUGUAUUUAAUCUUGAAAAAGGAUGCUCAGGUACAGUCGAAUACUACUGUCUGCAAGAUGCACUGGAUCUGAACCCUUCCCAUUCUGAGUUUCAACUCAGACAUUCCAGCGCUGAUGGGUCAGACAAACCGAUGUACCCUCAGUGCCUGCUGCUUGAGUUUCUGAUGCAUCUUUCUACUAUAUAAGUGGCUGGACAUGAGGGUUAUUGACACUGCGGGUCUACUUCAGCUGGGAACUGGGAUAACUAUACAUGUUGCCAAUGCAUAACACUACAUGUUAUUACCUAUGGUGGGAUUCAUAAUAAAAUCAGAUGUUG